CUCGCAUUGUAAAGUGCGGAUUUUCUCGCUGGGGUCGGGAUGGUGAGACGCUACAGUGAGUUUGACAGCGCGCAGGUCGAGAGGUAAGCCUGUUACGCACGGACUGUCGGCACCGCACAGUUUAGAGACGAGGGAACCUGUUCCCAUGGUGGACGCUUCGUCUGGCCGUCGAGGAGAGAGCGGUCAAGUGCUGGCUGAUUGAAUGUCACCUUUGUUCACCAUGGAUUACGGAAGGACCAUGGCUCCUCCGGUGCCUCCGCAUAACCCCAAACCAGACCGGCCUGGAGACGCGCAGGAGCGGCUGCUGAAGUGUGUGCUGCUCGGUGACGGAGCGGUGGGCAAAACCAGCCUGGUGGUCAGCUACACAACGAACGGAUAUCCCACCAAAUACGUUCCCACUGCCUUUGAUGACUUUUCGGCUGUGGUUCAGGUGGAUGGAAACCCAGUUCGACUACAGCUGUGUGACACUGCAGGACAGGACGAAUUUGACAAACUCCGGCACUUCUGCUACAGUCGAACUGACGCCCUGCUGCUCUGCUUCAGCGUGGUCAGCCCCGCUUCCUUCCAGAACGUCUGGGAGAAGUGGGUUCCAGAAAUCCGACGGCGCUGCCCUCUCACGCCUGUGCUCCUCGUGGGCACGCAGUGUGACCUGCGGCAGGACGUCAAGGUGCUGAUCGAGCUGGCGAGGCGGCGGGAGAGGCCCGUGUUGGAUGAGGACGCCAGGGCGCUCGCGGAAAAAAUUGGUGCGGUGACGUACAUCGAGUGCUCGGCACUGACGCAGAAGAAUCUGAAGGAGGUGUUUGACGCUGCCAUCGCUGUGGGGCUGCGGCAAUCUGACAGGAGGGCACGGCGGGAGAGAAAGGUCCGCAGCACUGCUGAUAAGAUGAAGAUGCUCUCCAAGUCCUGGUGGAAGAAGUAUGUGUGUGUUCAAUAGGAGGAGCGCAGAUGAUUUAAAAAAAACUGGAACUGCUGACAUGUUUGGGCAGACUAACUUGGAUGUAUGGACUUCUUUUUAAUUUUUCACUUGGACGACCCCAGAUGUGCCGGCCAGAAUUACUUUAAUUCAGUGGAACAACAGAUCAGUGGAGGCAGAGUGAGCCUGUCUGAGCUGUAGACUGGCUGGAGGUUUGGCACCCUGCCAUUGUGACCAUAAAGUAUCCAAAGUUAAUGCCUGAAAGACAGAGAACAUGAGGCUAUAACCACUGUCUGCUGCUCAGAGCCUUGACUGAAUGGUUAAAUAUGACUGAGACCAGCGCUCAACCAAAAAUUAUGGAGCUAAUAAAUCUUUUAUGGCACAUGGACUUCAUAUCAUACUGGACUUGUCCAAAGGAAAUGUGAGCUGACUUUGAGGGGACGUGUUCGGCGCCAAUGUUAUGUACUUAAAGUAUACUCCUUCUUUUUGUCUGAUUGGAUACGUUUCUUUAACAAAGUGUACUAUUUUUAUGUGUUCUACUGUAAUCCAGCACCCAACACUUGUGACUGACACUCACCUUAAAGCUCCAGUCUGAGAUGCAAUAGUUCUGCUAUUGAAAAGUUGAAGCCAAAUCUGCACAUUUGUUUUCUAGUCUAUAACUUCACUGGCAACUUGCUAAGAAUCUGAUCAAACUUAUUUAACUCGUUCUCUAUUGAAUUACACUCAGAUGUAUAAGAGUAUAAAUGUAUAUGAAAUUUAGGAUGUGACGUCGUUUUAAUGUGAGCUGUCACAUUAGUCUUCCGAUCCAUUUCUGUUAAAGUGUAUGAGCCAGUGAAGGGAUUUCUCCACAUCAGUUUUUAUAUGUUGUUAGCCAUACACCAGAGUUCUGUAAACUACUCACCAAUACACGUAACCUGGGUAACACAUGUCUGCUUUAGGGUUUAGAGGUUUUAAGUAUUCACUUUGACUGAAAAAGCUUUACCAGAAUUUUUACAGAUGGCCUCUGUUUUCAAGGGUGUAGCAUUAGGUUGGGUGGUGCCACUGCACAUUGUCCUUAUCAAACAAAGUCCAAACAUAUCACCAAAGUCUUGCCAUGCAAUGGCCUUUGGACCAGUGGAAACUGGUGCUCGAGACAAACGUUUACUCAUUAUCAGUGAAAAAGAAAUGGCUGAUCAGCAGGGCUUUUCACUGUCACUGUCGCCACAGCCUUAAAGAGAUAAGUAAUGGUCUUUGUCAGUAAGUGCAUUGGAGCUUUCUCUAAUCUAACAGUAAAUGAGGUGAAAUCACCAAAGAAACUGAUUCUGUUUGCUUCUUAUUUUUCAGAAGCCUGUCAUUCAGCUCUGUCUGUUUAUCUGAGUCCAUUCUGGGCCAGUAACCGAUCAACAGCGAUACAGGACAGAUGUGUGAAACAUGAUAUGUUGUUAUGUAUGUUACAUAGUAAUCAUUUUAAGAUGACAUUGCUGUCCAACUCUGAAUGGUGCUCAACAGUAUGAGCGUUUCAGUCGGUUCUAUUCUGGCAUGGAAUCAUUUUGUUGAGCUGUACAAGCAGAACAAAAUAAAAUGUGAAAUAUUUAA